AUGUCACAUAUUGUCGAAUCACGCUCCGAGGCUGCGCUCGGCACGUCCACCGCUGGAUCCGACGACGCUGCCGCCUCUAGCAGCGCGAUAGAACCUCCUGAUAGUCUCCAAUCCAUAUCAACAGGUUUGCGCAGCCUCAACAUCUCCAACGUCAACUCCACUUUCCAAUCAUCAGCUUCCAGCACAGCCGACGCCUCCCAACCCAGACUGGGCUCAUCCUAUCCCCUAUCUGCCUCCGCGUCCAAACUCACGGACCGCAACACGCACAAUCUCUCGCACUCGCACGCCCCUGCCGCCGGCCCUUCGACCAGCCCCGCCCACCGCUAUGGCCGACACUUCAGCAUGUCCAACUCCAGCUCUGUGGAAUCGCAGCUCAACUACGACAGCUACCUCGGCGUACCUGCCAGUCCCAGCAUGAGCGAGGGCCUCACAGACAGUCCCGGCAGUGUCUCGAGCAUGAGCAGCUUCCGACGUGGCGACCUUGCCGACAUCGAAGACCUCGACCUCGAACCGGAACUCGAGACCGUCAGCGAAUGCGACGAAGAGUCGAGCAGUCUCUGCUCCCUCGACGUCGGCUUUGAUCUCGACUCGGACUCGGAACGCGCUAGCUCUCACGGCGGCGACCAUGAGCAUUUGUCAGCAAGCGUCUAUGCUCUGGGUCUGUCGUCGUCAUCGUCCUCUCACGCCUCUCGUCACGCCCCUCACAAACCUGCAUCCCAGGGUACAGCAGCGUCCGAUUACGCUCGCCGAAAGCGCAGCGAAUGGCUGCUCAACAACUAUGCCAACAAGAUCGCCGCUCGCCGUCCUCGUCGCAUCAAGAAGGGGCGCAUCUCCGAGAUUGUCGAGGAAGGAGGCGAAGCCAUCAACACCACCGUCAUGCCCAAGGCGCCCUGCUCCUAUGGUACUUCCGACUGGUCGUGCGAGGUUUCGGGUCCGCCUCUCGCUCCUCCACGAAGUAUCAGCCCUUCGGACACCGUGCCCGCCAUCUCGUCGCCGCUUUGCUCCUGCGUCAAUGUGGAAGCCUCUUCCGGUGCACCCACUACCGGCCUCGAGGAGAGUGUCGAGACCAUCAAAGCGGACGAGUCUGCGGCCAAGGUGACACCUCUCGUCUCAGAGAAGGGGCUCGUCGAUGGUAGUGCGGCAUCGCAGUCGGAGGCGCCCAAGGCGGAAGCAACCCCUAGCCUUGAAGCACAAACCUCGCCUCCUCGCCUUUCGAGAUCUACGAGCCGACGCAACUCGUCGCCGGUCAGGCUGCGUCCCUGCUUCCGUCGACAGUCUUCGCAUCAAUCGACGGCCUCGACGCGAGAUUCGUCCUGCGAGCGCGAUCCUCCUCGCGGUCGAUCCGUCCGCUUUAGCACCCGACCUCCGCAGGAAUUGCGCACUCAUAGCCCUGUCGAGUACGAUCGCAAGAGCUGUGCCGUCAUCAAUCGUCUCAGUCCUGCCGAUGUCGAGGAGCUGAGGACCAUGAAGAUGGAGAUGGGUCUCUUGGAAGCGAGGUGGGCAGCCGUAGCCGCGUGCAAACCCAAGAAGGUCGAAGGCACGGAGGGCACCACCAAGAAGCCCGAAAACUACAGUGCCUACAACGCCGGCGUCGCUGCGAUCAACGCUUCUCGGGAGCGUCCCCCAGCUUGCGGCGCAGAAUCCGAUUCGACAUUGGGUCCUGGGUCCAUGACGACGCCUGCCGCACGAUUGCGCCAGCAGAAGGAACGCGAGCGUGAACAGGAGCGUGAGCGCAAUCUGCCUCUUUACAUGCGCGAUCGUCCGGGCAUGGCGUCGACCCAGACCGAGCCUCUCUCUUCGGAAGCCAUGUCGAUACGAAGCAAGUUUGGAUAUGCGCCCCCACCGCCGCUUCCCGGACUGCCAGCUGCCCGCGCCCCUUCGGCCUCGCCAAGUCGCUCCACUUCGGUUCCGCCCAAGAAUCGAUCCCCACUGGUAGACGGACGUUCACCUCGGCGUCUCAGCUGUCAAUCGAUACCCAGCUCUGGCAUGCCCGCACCCGGUCCAGCAGAGAUUCCGGUACUCACGCAGACCAGCCCUUCGCCGCCGUCUUCGCCUCGAUCGAGGUCGAAUAAGAACGCUCCUUCUGCCUUUGGAUCGCCGGAACGCGGCAGGUCAUCCCUGUGCGCCGCUCCGCCGCUACCCUCGCCCUGGUCGAGCGGCGCGAGCUCGGCGGCGUCGUCGAUCUACUCGAGCACUUACUUCCCCAGCGCCGCAGCUUCAGCACCCUGCGUAAGCUACCCGGGCAGCAACGGCUACGAUAGCCCUGCCUCGGAGUUCUACGAGAGCGGCAGCGAGUACGAUAUGGUUUGCUAG